AAAUCUCCUAUUCUCUUUGCUUGCCAUCUUUUUUGUCUUCAGUGCCAUGACAACUGGGUCUACUCUCCAAUGCACACCCACUUCUCACCACAAUCCUCCUCCUAAUCCCACCUCUCCGCACCCUCUGAUCUCAGCCUCGGGUACCUCCUCUUAAUCUCAUCAUCUUGUCUUUUUUCGGCAGGACCUGCUGUGAUCGCCGGUAGUAGGCCAUGGGGGAUGUUAUAUCAAGUCACCUGGACGAAAGUAGACGCCAGUACAUAUCAGAACGGACAGGAAAAUUGCUGGCGGAAUUUGGGAAGUUGUACGAGGAGCAGUAUGGAGUCGCCCUGUUUAACAGCGUCCGCUAUGAGAUCGAAGGCAAUGGAGGCCCGCAGACACAGCUACUUCAUCGAAAGGUCCCUAACAUAGACAAGGUGAUCUUUUCUGGGAACCUUUUCCAGUAUCUGGAUGAUACAAAAAAAUGGAGGAACCGUUUCUGCCUUGUUCCCAACCACUAUGGACCACUUCUUUAUGAGAACAAAAUCGCUUAUGAGCGAGGCCUGCAGCCCCGAGCUGGCAUCAACUCUGCCGGGUACAAAGUCUUCACCUCCCUGGAUCAGUACACUGAAAUGCUUAAUAACACCGUUCCGGGUGCAAAAGUGAAAGCCGGCAGCGCCACGAUGAAAUGUCCGACACAGUUCCCUGUUAUCCUGUGGCACCCGUACUGCCGUCACUACCAUUUCUGCUUUAUGACCGAGCGCGAGCAACAGCGGUGGAGUGCAGUGUUUCAGGACUGUGUGCGCCACAGCAAUAACGGUAUCCCUGAAGACGCUCGGGUGGAGGCAGCAGCUUUUACAGACUCUGUCCGGCUCUACAGGCAAGAACGUGAUCAGUAUGGAACCUGGGACAUGUUGUGCGGCAACCAAGUACAGGUCCUCAGUAAUCUGGUCAUGGAUGACCUCCUUCCUGAUCUGAAGAACAUCAUAGGCCCCAAACUAAGGGGGAAACCGCAGGAUCGGCAGAGGGCCUGGUUGUUGAUUUCGGAUACAGUGUAUCGGAUGGUGCACGAGAAGGCACGUCUGUUUUACGAGGGACUGGAAAAAAAAUGCGGCGACAGGAGAGCAGAGAUGGAGAGUCAAAUCCGAACGGACAUGGACCAGAUCAUUGCGUGUAAGGAGCACGUGUCCAACAAGAUUCGAGCUGCUGUGCUGCCCAAAGCUGAACUGUGUGUGAGAAACCACGUCCAGUCACACAUCCCAUCUAUUCUGGAAGCUCUGAUGGUGCCAACCAGCCAGGGGUUCGCUGAAGUGCGAGAAUUGGUCUUCACCGAGGCCACCGAAAUGAACAAGAACCUGGUGAACGAGGGAGGGCGGGAAAAGCUGGGUGAGCAUAUGGAGAAGAUAUCCCAGCUGGCCUAUCACCCUGUCAAAAUGCAGCAAUGCUAUGAAAAGAUGGAUCACCUGAACCUAGAAGGCCUGCAGCAGAGGUUUGACGUGGGGGGCCCGUCCGUCUUCAAGCAGAGGGCGCAGAUCCUCAUGAGAGAGCAAAUAGACAACGCAGUUUACACCUUUGAGCAGCUCAUCCAUCAAGAGCUGAACAAGACUGAAGGCACCGAGAACCUGUGCAGAGACAUCCAGCGCAUAUUAGAACGUGUUCUCAAGAAAUACGACUAUGACAGCAGCACGGUGCGGAAGAAGUUCUUCCAAGAAGCCUUACUACAAAUCAUCAUCCCAUUUCUACUGAAGAAACUGGCUCCAACCUGCAAAUCUGAGUUACCCCGCUACCAGGAACUUAUAUUUGAGGAGCUGUCCCGGUUUGUGCUGCUGGAGAAUAUAUAUGAAGAAGUUGUGCUGCAGACCGUAAUGAGAGAUAUCGUACAAGCUGUGAAGGAUGCUGCCACCCAGCGUAAACACAACUUGUACCGGGACAGUAUGGUGUUACACAACAGUGACCCCAACCUUCAUCUUUUGGGUGAGGGACCUCCCAUCAACUGGACUGAUGAAUAUGGAGAUAGUACUGAAAAAGCUGGAGACCGGCACGGCAGAGUGCGCCAAGUGGUCUCCAUCAUCCAAGACGAUGAAGCGCCGGACUACUUAGAAUCUUGUCAGGAGGCUCCAGCCAAUGAAAACAUCCCCGAGGAGCCAGGAUCUAGUGAUGUGCACGCAAUCCGUAACAUGCUAGUCAAAGAAUUUGAUGUUGAAGUUCCAGCAAAGGACAAUGCAGACACAUCUUCCCGAGUAGAACCUGAUGAGGAAGUAACACGUGCAGUGCAAGAGAAACCUGCCGAGCCUCAAGAGUCACAUACAGAAGAGGACACUUCACCUCAUGAGCACCAUGAAGAUACGUUGGAUUACAGCCAUGCAGAGGCUUCUCCAGAACACAAGAUACCAGUAGUGGAUCACAAUCAUGCAGAGGCUUCUCCAGAACACAAGAUACCAGUGGUGGAUCACAAUCAUGCAGAGGCUUCUCCAGAACACAAGAUACCAGUGGUGGAUCACAAUCAUGCAGAGGCUUCUCCAGAACACAAGAUAUCAGUGGUGGAUCACAGUACUGCAGAAGCUUCUCCAGAAAACGAAAAACCAGUAUACCGUAGCGCAACAGACAUCUUAAAAGAUGUUCAUGCUAAACAGCUUGAACGGUCACAGUCGACAAGUGACCAUUUAGUCAAAGACCAACAACAAGACCGUGCAAGUCCAGAACACAACGAGAUUGAAGAAGAAGAAGACCACCGAGUACGGGAAAUAAUCCAUCCCCCAACUACGCAGGAGGCAACUUCUUCCCUCGUCACCCCUACAGAAGAAAGCCAAGCGCAGCCGCUCCCGUCUCCCGUGACACACACAGUACAUUCCACCCCAGACGAUAGUGGGUUCCAGUCGCCCCUAAGCGAGGAGGAAGAGGAAGGUGAAGGCUACAAAGAAGUCCCUGUACCUGCUCCAAGGAAGCGCGAUGAGGUUAUCACCCAGUUCUGAGUAUCGGUAACACGGGACUGACCUUGUAAAAUGAACUUCUAUGGAGGGCGGAAGCAGUGCCGAGCUCUCCUUCCUUCCUUUUUAUUUUUUUUUUUUGGCACAAAACUACUUAUUUAAAUGCUUUAUGGCUCUGUUACUCUCUGCUAUGCCAGGGCUGUUAUUUUUUUAUUUUUUUUUGCUUUGUUUCACCGCUUUUUUCUUUCUUUUUUUUUUUUGGAAAGUAUUCAGUGUUCUCAACAUUCGCCAGCGCACAUCACCGCACCUCACAUCACACUGCUGCUGUAGACGGACCAGAUUCACCACGGCAGACACUAAAUCUCACUCACCCUCCCAUGGUAACUUAUUAUUUCGAAGCUCGUGCGGACCAUAGUCCUAGAGGUGUCGCCUUGUACACCCUUGCAUUACUGCCACCUUCUGUAUACACACUCUUCCUGCACCCGCACAGUCUUGUAUAAACACUAACCCAGACCAUAGCUUGAACGUCUCCCUCCUGGGUGACCGUAUGCUACGAUGAAUUUACACCGAUAGGGAAGGUUACAGACACUUAGUUUUGCCAAAAAAAAAAAAGAUACCUGGGUAUAAAAAGAUUAUAAACACGAAGUAGAUACAGCAAUGUCGGCACAGUCACCAAGUAAACUUUGCACUUUCACGCAUGGACACAAGUCAGAGAUAUCCCAUAGCUCAAAUCCCAUAGCAACUAGUAUUGCAUCCAAAAUUCCACCAAGAAGAUAAUCGGGAGGCACUCACCAGGAACUAGUAGAAAUGUUCUCUUUAUUUUCGGUAAGUAAACAUCACAAAUCGUGGGUAAGGUCUUGGAUAUCAAACAAACAUAGAAUUGAGGUUACAGCCGUUUCACGCCUGUAUUGGUUACUGCAUCAGACCAGCGUGAAACAGCUGUAGUCUCACCUCUGUGUUUGUUUGUGGUGUCCGGGAUGUUACCCAUGAUGUGUGGAAUGUGCCUUCCAAUUAUCUACUUGGUGGAAUAAAGAUUAUACUGACCCCCAACGAUGCCACUUUGAUGACAGAAUUCCUUAUCUCCUGAAUCUUUAUGCUUGGGGGUGUCUGUGUUGGUUCCUAGUUCUUCGUCUUAAAGGAGGAUCCUGUUGCAAUCAAAACCAGUGAUAGAAGACUAUUACCUGGUGUUUCCCAUUUAGGGUGCCUCCAGCUGUUGCAAAACUACAACUCCUAGCAUGCCCGGACAGCCGAAGGCUGUCCGGGCAUGCUAGGAGUUGUAGUUUUGCAACAGCUGGAGGCACCCUGGAUGGGAAGCACUGCCAUAAACAGUUUAGUUCGAGUUGCACGGCUCAAGUGGCCAUAUAGCCCAGGAGCAGGGGCCCUGCAGUACAUACGCACAGACCAUUCCGCGCAUGGAGACCUAGGGGAGGCAUCCUCACUCCACGCACAUCACUACGGGGGGAGGGGCAACCCUACGUUUUAAGCCGAGCAGUGCCUUUUUUUAUCUCAAUCUAGACCUGCGGAUUUCCCUCUCUAGAUAUAUUUUAUUAAAACUUUUAAAUGUUUUAAAAGAAAAAAAACAAGCAAAAAAAAAAGCUUCUAAUUAAUAAUAAAUAAAAACUUUAUUAUAUGAAACAGAAGCGGGUGUGAAAACUUUUCUGUGUCGUUGCCUGAGAGAUGCGCAAACUUCAGUCCAGUGUAAAAUAUUUGGAGGCCAAUGUCCCCAUAGACAACCAUGAAAAAUAAAAUAAAGGAGGCUGGAGGAACAGCAGUAAAACAAUAUAUACAGUCAUACCUGAGCUCUGUCUGCUGACAUUACACCAAUUGGAUUAGGCUGGGUUCACACCACGUUUUGUAACUACGGUUCCUGUAUAUGGCUGGCAGGAGGGGUGCGGGGCUUAAUCGCGGC